AUGGCAGUAUCACCAGAAACCACCAUCGUGGUGGACUGGCUGUGUCUGGUUCUCACAUAUCUGGUGUGCGGACUGCGCUUGAUAGUCAUUUGCACCCGCAGUCGCAAGAAGAUUCGCUCCCACUUCGAUACCGAGUUCUUCCUCUGUCUUGCGCUGGCCACUGCGACGGCCGCCGUGAUUGCGAAUACCGUCAAAAACUCCCAGCUCAUCCGCGAUAGGAGUUUCAAGAACACGGUGGGAUUGCGGUCUACGUCUGCCGUUAAUACAUCCCCAGAGGCACAGGCAAAAAUCAUGACGCUGAAGUUCCUCUAUGCGCAGAGUUUUGUGUAUUUCGUCAUCGUGUGGCUGAUAAAGGCGGCUUUCCUCUCGAUAUAUUUCCACUUUCGCCAGAAGAUGACCCGCGCCUGCAAGAUCGCGCUCUAUGUUCUGACGGCGCUGGUGGUGGUCACGUUCCUGGUCAUCACUCUGAUGAUGUUCGUGACCUGUCUGCCUAUUGAACGUGCAUGGUCUUUGGGUACCGAUUACUGCUCGCCUCAGCAGAAGAUAUGGAACCAUUCCAAGACCGCCGCCGCAAACAUAGCCACCGAUCUCUUCCUAAUCGGCCUAUUCCUCGCGAUCCUUCGCACGCUCCACCUCGGCCGGCGCGAGCGCUGCGGCGUCGUAAUCUUCCUAACCAUCAGCGCAAUCCCCGUGCUCGCCGCGAUCCUCCGUCUAAUAAUCGUGAUCCUCGCUUUGCGGCCUGCGAUCAAGGACCGCAACCCGCAGGACGACCAGCGGUUCAAGGAGAUCCUAUAUCUCGCGUCGCAGAUCGAGGUGACGACCGCAUUCAUCGCCGCGUGCCUCCCGGCCAUGCGCGUCUUCGUCCGCGAGAAGAAGGAGAAGAAGCAGUACCGCGCCACGUCGCUGGAGUAUAAGGGCGGUCACCUGCGCAGUCCGCAGCCCGCGCUCGUGCGUGCCCCGACACUGUAUGGCUCUGAUGAUGAGAGCUACUGGGAGGACGAUAUCGGGCUCGAGGUCGGCAGUGAUACCGGAUUGUGUCCUCCUUCGGAACACCACCACCACCAGUUGCACCACCAUCAGUGA